UUGCCCAUCUGCUUUGCUUAUCCUUUUCUGUACACAAAGUCACCAACUACAACCAAAUUAUUACCUAUUUGUCACAGACAAGAAACUUCAUCACAGCCCAUUUCUUGAUAAUCAGACCUAAAUCAAACUUAACUACAAAAAUCAAGCGAAGGAAAAAUCUUUCCUAUGGUCACAGUCGUGAUGGCUAGCUGUCAUCAUACCUUCACCCAUAUUUCUUUAUCAACUGGGUAUUAAAUUUCGAAUGGGAACAUGCUGUGUUUUCCGAAAGUCGCUAUUAAUUGUGCAUUCUUUGUUUCAACUUUGACAUGCAGUAAGCUCUACACUGCUUCCACUUCUCUGUCCUUCUUUCUCUUUCUUACGGCUCUGUUCUCACUAUCUUCUUCUUCGUUUCAUUAACUAUUGGAUUUACUACAAAAAUUCUACAGGAAGAGAGACUUAAUUACUACUCUUAAAGGAAGAAACAGAUAUGGGUUGUUUUCUUUGAACUCUUUUAUUACAAACCAAGUAGAAGAAUUCGGUUGAAAGACAGGAAACCCUGGAAGAUUUGAGCCAAGGGAGAAGAUGGGUGUUUUUCAGUUUCUGUUCUUUCUCUUUCUUUUGUUCACACUCUACAUUCCACUAUCGGUUCACGGGAACACGGAGGUUAGAGCUCUAAUGGAGCUGAAGGCUUCUUUAGAUCCAACAAACAAGGUCCUCGAUUCAUGGAAAAGUGAUGCUGACCCUUGUAGCGGUUCUUUUGUGGGUGUGGCUUGUAACGAGCACCGUAAGGUGGCUAAUAUUUCGUUACAGGGAAAGGGUCUUUCUGGUAAAGUCUCGCCUGCUAUUGCGGGACUGAAGUGUCUCUCUGGUUUGUACUUGCAUUACAAUUCUUUAUCCGGAGAAAUACCAAAAGAGCUUUCAAAUCUUCAAGAAUUAACUGAUCUUUAUCUUAAUGUUAAUAAUCUGUCUGGAAGCAUUCCUCCUGAGAUAGGUAACAUGGCUGGUUUACAAGUUCUACAGUUAUGUUGCAACCAGCUGACAGGGAAUAUACCAACAGUGAUAGGGUUUUUGAAGAGACUAAGUGUUCUUGCUUUGCAAUAUAAUAGACUAAAUGGUACAAUUCCAUCCAGCUUAGGGAACUUAGGGAUGUUAAGAAGACUUGACUUGAGCUUCAAUAGCCUCUUUGGUGCAAUUCCUACAACAUUAGCAGAUAUUCCAGAAUUGGAAAUUCUAGAUAUCCGAAACAAUACUCUAUCUGGAAAUGUCCCUUCCGGUCUGAAGAGAUUAAAUGGAGGAUUCCAAGGUGAGAACAACCCAGGUUUAUGUGGAACAGGCUUUCCAUCACUGAGAGGUUGCAGUCCUUUUGAUAGUCUGAACAUCAACCAGCUUGAACCUUUCCGAUCACAUCUAAAUGACACAGCUCCAGGAGUUACCUCACAGACAUCAAAUAUCCAUGGACAUUGCAACCACACUCAUUGCUCAAAUUCAUCGAGAUUCCCAGAGUUACCCGUUAUUUCAGGGGUUAUUACAUUCAGUUUCGGUUUUAUGGUUGCUGGAUUUCUUGCAUUUUUUCACUACCGUAGGAAGAAACAAAAGAUUGGAAAUACAUCUGAUUCUUCUGAUGGGCGCCUAAGCACAGACAGGGCCAAAGAAUUUCAAAGGAAUGGAAGUGUUUCUCCGCUUGUAACUCUUGAAUAUUCAUACGGAUGGGAUCCAUUAGGUGAUGGUUGGAAUGGCAUCGGAUUUUCUCAGGAGCAUUUGAAUAAGUUUAGGUUCAAUCUAGAAGAAGUUGAGUCAGCAACUCAGUGCUUUUCUGAGUUGAAUUUACUGGGAAGGAGCAACUUCUCUUCUGUCUACAAAGGGAUUCUGAGAGACGGUUCUCUUGUAGCCAUUAGGAGCAUAAACGUGACCAGCUGCAAGUCUGAGGAAGCAGAGUUUGUGAAGGGUUUGUACUUAUUAACCUCCUUGAGUCAUGAAAACCUCGUUAGGCUGCGAGGAUUUUGCUGCUCAAGGGGAAGAGGCGAAUGUUUUCUCAUCUAUAACUUUGCUUCAAAGGGAAACCUAUAUAAAUAUCUCGAUCUAGAAGAAGGAGAUGAAUCAAUUCUUGACUGGUCGACAAGGAUUUCCAUCAUCAAUGGCAUCGCAAAAGGUAUAGAAUAUUUGCACAAAAAUGAAGCAAACAAGCCGCCCAUUGUCCACCGCAACAUAUCUGUAGAGAAAGUUCUAAUUGACCAGCAAUUCAACCCAUUGAUUGCAGACUCUGGUCUCCAUAAGAUUCUUGCUGAUGACAUUGUCUACUCAACUCUGAAAGUGAGUGCAGCCAUGGGUUAUCUAGCGCCAGAGUACAUUACAACUGGCCGUUUUACAGAGAAGACUGACAUAUUUGCAUUUGGAGUGAUUAUUCUCCAAAUCCUGUCUGGUAAACUUCAACUAACAAGCUCAAUACGGUUGGGAACAGAAUCUAGCAGGUUUGAAGAUUUUGUUGAUACAAAUCUCAGAGGAGAAUUUUCAGAAUCAAUGGCAGCGAAGCUGGGGAAAAUUGCACUUAAUUGUACCCAUGAACACCCUGACGGUAGACCAACCAUGGAGACAAUAAUUAAAGAGCUAAAUGAUUGCAAUGUCCGUCGUUGAUGCGCGCUCUUUUUUGCCAACUUGAAAAAACGAUGAUAAUGGGAUCAAAGAGAUUGCUGAAAAUGCCUUUUUGUUGGUUGUUUUAGAUCUUUUUGAGAGGGACUAAGAUGAUUGAGGUGUAAAAAGAUGGCAAAUAUCGUGUAAAGUGGAGUUGCAGAUAGGAAAAAUUUUGGGAGGAGUUUCCCCAAUGAUGACUAUAAAUAACAAAGCCUUAGGGACACAACUUUCUAAUCAACACAAUUUGUUACGUGCAUUCUAUUGUGUAUCUCCAUGAGCAUUUGCAAGCAAGCCAACAAAACGAGCCUCAACUGCUGAACUGCUCUCGUAACAAACACUCGAAAAGCAUUUAAUGUAGUCCAGAGAUUCAAUCUUUUAACAUUUUAAUGCCUGCAAGCUCAUCUGAAGCUUGAAUUCGCAUUUUCUGAAAAUUCUAUGUUAACCUCCCAAAAACAAACUGUUGGUAGAAACAAAGAUAGGCUCGUGAUCUAGUCUCAUAGAGCUGGUUUCAUUAAUAGUGUAAAGUUGUUUUUUUCUUCUCAAACUAAACUGUCAUAAAAGAGCUGGAAUGAAUUUCACAAUGUAUUGAGCCAAUGAAGGCGUUCAAGAAACCACACUUCUUCUCUUUCUCAAAAAGUUUUAACUGCAAAUAAAAAGCUUGGAAACAAACAUCCACAUAUCCAAGAGUGUACGGAAGCUGUGUUGCAUCAUGAUCCAUAGACAAUCAGAAGAUUUUCAAGAGAAUCAUGGGCUUAUUGAAUACAACAUAAUUUGAUCUCAUAUUUAUUUCCUCACAAUAGGUAUGAUGCAGUAGCAGACAAACAAUGGUAAUCAACUCCAGGGUGUACAGCUAUUUCAUUUCUAAUUCCUUUUUUUUUUUUGUUUAGUGAGAACAUAAAAA